AUGCAUUACCCAUCUGUCCUCGGAGGGCUCUUCCUCUCCUUUUCAAUAUUCAGCCUCGGAUCCACCACCAUCAUCUCAUCUCUACAUACAAGUGUCGACCAUCUUCAUGAAGCUCGCGAAGUCAAGAAGGCAGGAUUCAGCAAGAAGUGCUGGGACUACAAGUGGAACAAAGAGACAUGCGUCCUUGGGGCUACCUGCAAAGUCGACAAGAAGAAGGCCGAGUAUAGCAGCGACAUCAACGUGAACACAUGUCUCGCCAACUUUGUGCCGAGAGACGCGACAGAGGAAAACGAAGACUCACAGGAGAAUUUCAAUAACGGACUGUUGAAUUGGCAGUUUGCGCCCAUGGAGGUCUAUCGACUGAAGAAGGCCAGUGGAAAGGCAAUUCUCAAGAACGCCUGUCAAGAUAGACACCAUUGCUACAUCGCUGAUGAGGACCUCAAGGGAAAGAAGGGGCACGAGCCAGUGUUACAGUGCGCAAAGCAAAGAAACAAGCGGCCGGUGAUCAUUCCGUUGGAUAUCGGUAUCGGUCUCGACGACAAGGGACAGCUGGGGUGCUUGUCACACCCAGAGGAGUAG